ACUCUGGGAGGGACACAGCAGCAACUGAGCUGUGCGAGGUUUUUUUUUUUUUUUUUUUUCUUUUUCUUUUCCCCUUUCUCCCCCCCCCUUUUCUUUUUCUUCUUUCUUUCUUUUUCUUUCUAUUUUUUUUCUUUUUUUUUUAAGGUGGGGAAAGAGACACACAGGAGACAGGAAGCUGAUCUGCAAGAUUUCCGAGUUGUGCUAAAAGGACUUUGAUUUUUUUUUUUUUUUCCCGUUACAAACGCUGGCAAUUGACAUCACUACGGACAGCCGGGUAGAGAACAAACUGCCUCAUCCCAAGUGGACCCCGGGCGAGAGCUGGGGAGGCUGUGUGGGGUUUUUUCCUACGAAUCCCCCGCCUCCCUUUUUUUUUUUGGUGUGUUUCUUUUUAAAAUUCUUGCUGUGUUGGAACUAGCGAGUGGUGGAAGACUCUCCGAAGCCUCAUCAGUCAUCGGGACUGUCAGGAAUAGUGGCUCCAGAGGAAGCUCGGCCUGGGGCACAUACCCUGUCAUCCAGUUCCCUGCCUCGGAGAUAGCGAUUCCAGCUACAUGGGCAAACGCCUGGACCAGCCACAAAUGUACCCCCAGUACACAUACUACUAUCCUCAUUAUCUCCAAACCAAGCAGUCCUAUGCACCAGCUCCCCACCCCAUGGCUCCUCCCAGCCCCAGCACAAACAGCAGCAGCAACCACAGCAGCAGCAACAGCAGCGGGGAACAGUUGAGUAAAACCAACCUGUACAUUCGAGGCCUCCCGCCAGGCACCACUGACCAGGACCUAAUCAAGCUGUGCCAACCGUAUGGAAAAAUCGUAUCCACAAAGGCAAUCCUUGACAAAAACACAAAUCAAUGCAAAGGGUAUGGUUUUGUAGAUUUUGACAGUCCGGCAGCUGCACAGAAAGCGGUAGCAUCUCUCAAAGCAAAUGGCGUUCAGGCACAGAUGGCCAAGCAACAAGAGCAAGACCCAACAAACCUAUACAUCUCAAAUCUCCCCAUUUCUAUGGAUGAACAGGAACUUGAGAAUAUGCUGAAACCCUUUGGACAUGUCAUUUCCACAAGAAUACUAAGAGAUGCUAAUGGAGUCAGCAGAGGCGUUGGCUUUGCCAGAAUGGAGUCUACUGAAAAAUGUGAAGUGGUAAUUCAGCAUUUUAAUGGAAAAUAUCUGAAAACACCACCAGGCAUCCCAGCCCCUAGUGAGCCUUUACUGUGCAAAUUCGCUGAUGGAGGACAAAAGAAGCGACAGAAUCAAAGUAAAUACACCCAGAACGGAAGGCCUUGGCCCAGGGAAGGAGAGGCUGGCAUGGCUCUGACCUAUGACCCUACAGCUGCCAUACAGAAUGGAUUUUAUUCUUCACCGUACAGUAUUGCAACCAACCGCAUGAUUCCACAGACACCCAUCACGCCAUUCAUUGCUGCUUCCCCUGUCUCCACUUACCAGGUCCAGAGUACUUCAUGGAUGCCUCAUCCGCCAUACGUUAUGCAACCAACAGGUGCUGUGAUUACGCCAACAAUGGACCAUCCUAUGUCAAUGCAGCCAGCAAACAUGAUGGGCCCCCUGACACAACAGAUGAAUCAUCUUUCGUUGGGCACAACAGGAACGAUUCAGUCCCAAGACAGGAUUAUGAUACUCCACCAGCUGUUGUGUCAGUAUAUGACUGCCGCCGCUCCUAUGCAAGGGACCUACAUUCCCCAGUACACGCCUGUGCCUCCAACAGCUGUUUCCAUUGAAGGUGUUGUUGCUGAUACCUCUCCCCAGACAGUGGCACCUUCAUCCCAGGACACAAGUGGUCAGCAGCAGCAGAUAGCAGUGGACACAUCCAAUGAGCAUGCAUCUGCAUAUUCUUACCAACAGUCUAAACCAUAAAUAAGACCGAAGAAUGUCCGUCUGAAACUCUGCCUUGAAUGAAGAAACUUCAUUGAACAAGAAGUUGGCUUCCAGUUUUGCACAGGCAUCGAUGGAAUGCUUUUUUUUUUUUUCUUUUUAAUUUUCUACUUUACCCAAUGAAAACAACGUGUUUCUAUGUGCUGUGCAAGUGGUUCCUUCAUGUGGUCCAACAGUUUAUUUUUGCCAUCAUUUUUUUUAAUUAAAAAAAAAAAUCCCAUAUGAGGAAAACAACAACAACAAACAAAGCAAAACAUGGAAGGUUGACAUUUAUCUGGAAGAACAUUUGAAUUCAGAAUUUAUCUGAAGGUGUAGAUAGAUUUAUUUUUUUUCAACAGAAAAUCUGAUGUCAAGAGGUGGGCAAGCAGAAACGGAAACAAAUUGUCUUCCUCAGUAAUUAAGCUACUCUUUCUUUUUCCCUUCUUGUUUAAAUCUAGUGGGGUUUUUUUUAAUUUUAUUUUUUCUUAGAAAUAUUUAGGUAAGGUUUAUCUUGAAUCUUAACUGCCUUAAUUUUAAGGACGUCAAAGGCUCUCGAGGCAAGCUGUCAACGUCUUGUUAAAAAAAAUCAAGAAAGAAUUGAAAUAUUGUGCCAGCUUUCACUGGUACAGAAGUUUAAGACUAUGAGUUUUUAGGGUGAAAAAAAACUGUACAGUUUAAAGAAAAUGUUUUUCUUCAUUUGAAGAAAAUUUGUUGAUAAAAGAAACCAUGGCAACUGCAAGAAUUGGGAAAAUGCUGGGACUUUUCAUGAACUUUGUCUUAAGUGUUGAAUCAUUCUAGAAGGCUAAAACAUUUUACGGUAAAGUUAGUAACAAUUGGUUUAAAAACAACUGCAUUAGAAAUAAUGCGUGUUUGGGGGGCAGAAUGCAGAUUUUUUUUAUUUCUGAAGCGUGAUCACUAGCAAAAGCAUUAGUGCUUUUUAUCUGCAGUCUUUUUUAUGAGCUUUACAAACUUUUUAGUCAGCUUUGCUUGUCACAUUGCAAAACCUAGCUUAAAAGCAUUUAAAAAAAGAAAAAAAACUUAAGUAGAUAGGAGCUUAUGGUCAAAAAGUGCAAAAAAAAAACAAAAACAAAAACCACAAAAAAAAAGCAAUAGAUAGAGAAAUUGUUGACAAUUUCUGUAGUCUUUCCUAGUUGUGAUCAAAUUCAGCCUAUGGAUGGCCUAUUUUAUACCAAAGAUGAAGUGGCACCCUAUUGCAGUCCAGAAGAUAGAGGUUGUUUUUCUUUUCUUCUCUUUUCUUUUUUAAAAUUUUAUUUGACCUACAUGGCCGGACCAGUUCUUACUUUGUUGUUUGUUUAAACUACCUUCCACUGGUGUAUGACAUACUGCAAAAAAAAAAAAAAAGUGUUUUUCUUUUAAAUGUAUUUUUGUUGAUACUAGAAGCUAGUUCCUGCAUGGACAGCAGUUUCAGCACCAAGAGUUCUGGAUUUCAAGCAAUAGAGCCAAAUGGCUUUAAAUUCCAUGUGCUUUUCUGGUUCCUUCCUAGCUCUCUGGCGUGGUGAAGCCUGUAUUGAUGGCCACCAAUGAACUAAGACACUUGUUUAACAGGUUGAAAUUUCUUUAUAUGAAUUUUGAACUCAAGAUACUUCCUGAACUGGUCUGAAAGAUCACUUGUCCAAAACUCUCCGUGAUGCUCUGGUGAGUGGUGAGUGGUCUCCUGAAUGGUCUCAUUGUACUUAUAACAACAGUCUUCCUUCUAAUUUCCUGCACUUCUAGACUUUGUCUUCUUGCCUCAGUCUUUGUCCUCAUCUACUGUGAAUAACCACCUUGACUCUGCAAUUGGGGAGGGAAUAUCUUUUUUUUCCCCUCUUUUCAUCGUAUUUUCAUAUCCUGGUAUUGUCAGAAGAAAGACAAAAUAGACUUUUUAAUUUCAGUUUAACUCUCUGAGGCAAAUAGGACCAAUAAGAUUAAGGAUUCUAUUAGUGGAAUUUAAGUAAGUUUUUAAUGCUAGUUGACAAUCAAGAAAUUGUAUGAUUUAUAUGAAUAAGAACCCAAAUAAUUAGGUUUGAUCAAUUAUUAAAGCCAAAGGAGAUAUAUUUGCAUUGAGAAUGAUGCAAAACUUUGUCUAAAAUGAAUUAAAUUGACUUACCAAACCUCUUUGCAUAUUUGAUUCAUGAAAUCCAAAUUUCAACCUGUACAGUUUUACCUAAAAUGAAGGACAGUGGAACUUCGUUGUUUGAAUCAUGCACUAGACUGGCUUUUUAAUGGAUCAUUGGAACCAAUAGGUGAAACUUCACAAAGUCACAGGAAGCUGUCUCAGUCCAGAAGGAAGAGGGUAAUGCAUAAAGUGCACUAUAAAAGAAAACAGGGUAGGCAUUUAAAAGCUGAAAAAUUAAAAGGUAAAGCAUAUUCCCAUUAGGUCAACAUGAGUAAUGAGUUUGACUCUAUUUAUGACCUAUUUAUGACCUAUAGGCAAAGGCCUAGUGUUGAAAUAAAUCCAAUUCUCUUAUUUGAAAAUCCCCAUGAAUUGAAAGCUCAUAUCUAGAGAGUGAGUCCAUAUCUUUGUGGUCCAAUUAGAGGCAAAAAUAUAGCCAAGACAAUGUAGCAUGUGCUACAAAAAAAAUUGUAACUGUUCACAGCCAUACUUAUGGUUUUCCAUGCGUUAGAGAGAAUCCUAAAUUUAUACUUUCUUCUGUUCCAUUCUUCAGCUUCUUAUGUAUUUUAAGGGUGGCACUUUAGUUUUCUCUUUGAGAAAUGGGCCCUCAAGUUAACAGGGGGAUGAGCAAACCUGUAUAGGAACUGUGCUUUUUAUUUCUCUUUUUCAGUCUCUGAACACUUUGUAUAAAUAAGGAUUAUCCUGGGCAUAAUUCAUUUGAAUAUGAAAUCAACAUGCUUUCUUUUUCUUCUGUAAAAAACAAAACUUAAUGUGAUACAAAGAUAGUCUCAUUGACACAAUCAACAAUGAGGCUAAGAGGUAGCUACCAUGUGGCUGAUGAAUGUGCCUAGGUAACUUCCUAUUUCUAUUCAAAAACUACUGCUUUAUUUAUACAUUCAGCAACAUUUUUUUUCAACUAUAAAAUUUCAAUAAUCUCAAUUUUUAAGCCACUUCAGGCAAAAGGAAAUGACUUCUCAUUUUAUGUUUCCAUGUGUGCUUUUGUUUGAAUUUUUUAUAUAUGCCAUUCUAUAAAAUAUUUUAUUUUAAACCAAAAAAAAAAAAAAAAGGAAAAAGUAGCACAUGUUCAAAUUUGCACGUCAUCUCACCUAAAAAUUGUUUUUAAUAAUCAAGUCUGGGAAAAAAAUAAAAGCAUCAACAGGUAAGCAGCAUUACAUUGUAUGAAAAGUAAAACCAAAACAUGUGUUCAAUACAUACAGACAUCAGAGUCCUAAUUUAAUCAACAAUAUAGAUUAUGGUGAUUUUAACCCAGUUUAGGACUACAGUCAUUUUUAAAAGUAUUCUGUUUCACAGUGCUUCAAGCUUUUGUUCAGAUGUUUCCAUUUUUCCUUUCAAAUGUAAUUGCCAAGACUUAGCCUAAACAUCAGGGAACAAACUAGAACCACAAUCCAAAUGGGAUAAACAUUAUCUCCUCCAGACUCUAGUUCCAUGGUCGGUGAAGGAGUGGGUAUUCUUUUAAUGACGAGGAGGUAUUGUCAGGAAGUAAGUGUGCAUAGUGACUGGGAGCUCCUUAGAGCAUGGCCACAUCUUCUGAGGAUAUCACGGACCCCAGGUGAGCUAAAGGUAAUACUUGCAAGAUGAGCGGCUGUUUGUCCUUCAACAUGUGCAUGCCUUGAAUGUUGCAAGUCACAUGCUAUUCUGAAAAAAAAAUCUACCCAGUUCUAGUUUGGUCAGGGUUAGUUUGUUUGCUUGGUAGAUUUCAAUCAUUCAGAUGUUGUCACCAUGCUUUACUUGAAUCAAUUUUCCUGUGACCUUAACAGAUCUGCCACCUCCACCCCUCCUAAUGAAAAACUACAUGGUGCUAAAAGCAUCUGUAUCAGAGAUGGAAACCCUGGGGUGGGAGAAGGCUGCAUGGAGCAGGAGGUUUGCUGUACCUACAGAAUCCAUCAACCCCCUGCAAAACUGUUUUAUUAUCAUUUUCUAUCCAUGUAUGAGAAAAUAAAAGUACUUAGUUUUUGUAACUUUAUUUGAAUAAUUGGGGUGAUAUAUAUAUAUAACCUGUGAGUCUAUCACAGUGGCCUAUACUUCCCAUUAAUGAAAAUUGACAUGUGAUUAGGACCUUUGCAGUCUUCUUUAUGCUUGAGAAAAAGUUUCAGUGGACUGUCUAGACAGAUGAUAAUCUUAGUAGGAAAUUGGAAAUACAUUUGACAAUUCAGUCUCAUUCUUAAUUUGCGUGCAGGAACCACUGCAAGGAGAGCUGAUAAGCAGAAAGAAAUUUUUAAGUGGGUUUCAGUGAUAAAUGUUUUUAUAUGAUGUAAAAUCAAAUGAAAGAAUAAUAUUUAUGUAGCUAUAUAACAACAUUCAGCACAUUGGAAGAGUUACACUUCAUAAUCAAGUUUAAACCGGUCAUAGAGCCUUGAUCUAUAUUAGCUUAUCCACAGUAGGGAGUAAGGGUGAGAUUUUGUUUUUCACGUUAUUGUGACUGGCAUGUUUCAAAAUUCUGAGCUUGCUGGGACUGACAGCCCCUCAUUCUAAUUUGAGGGACUAAUGGGGAUUGAAACAGGAUCAUUGAUUCUGUACAUGGUACCCUUUCUGUGACAGAGUAAUAAUGGGAUUUCAUUAAUGAAUCAAGUUGUUUUGCAAAUGACACCUACUGUGGCACUGGAAAACAGCUGAGUCUAACUCAAACUGAACAUUUCUUACCAAAUAGUCUGAAUUAUGAAAUCGGUCCCUUAAUCCAAGUGCUCUUGGUCAUGGCUAUCCUCUGUGAAUUACAUAGAGUUCAGGGAAAAAGCUAGGAACAAAAUCCCUGUGUGGCCAAAAUGAUCUAUUUUGAUGUAAGGCAAGGGAGUUCAGCCCAGAUUGGCGAUUUCUUUUGUCUCUGGUUUUAUAUUCCAAUUCAUAUGCUAACUGUCACAUGAAAAAGGAUAGAUGCCUUCUCCAUAUUUAUUUCUCUGUAUUUCUGGGAGGGAAAAUAAUGUUUUUAGAAAAGCACCUUUUAUGCAGAAGCUCUAAAGCUGAAGCAGGGGUAAGAUGGAUCUUGGAGUCUGCAGGAGGAACCACUAGGCCACUGGGUCAUGCUUUUCUUCCAUUGUAUUCCCUCCAGUUAGUGACUGCCCUGAAGCCCCAGUCUGCAGACAUACAAUCACUCCCAAUUUUUGAAGGGCUAAUCAUCUAUUCUGUGGACCUGUUUUAUCUUCUGUUUUCAACUAUUAGGUCUUGGGCUCUAUUUCCUUCUGUUAGCAUUUCACCCUGAGGAUGAAAAGGUCACAUUUGGAAAUAAAAUUCAAAUCUGUCUCUUUUGUUUCUUGUUAAGUAUUGUUUUAUUGAAGCAGUUUGAAAUCAUUGGUAAAAUUAAUGUCAGUGCAUUAUAUUCUGUGGGAUUUUAAUAUCCAUAAUGUCCCUUUCCCAUCCACCACAAACAAUUAAGAAUUGGCUGUUUUCUUGCAGAAUAUGAAGGAAAAAACUGUACCAAAAAAUUUGGCUUCCUUCAAAGGAAAGAUAUUUGGAUUUGUUCACUAUUGAAAUUUGAACCAAUAGAACAGGUCAACUCAAAGUUGAGUUAUGGGAAUAUAGCAACCACUCUUGGUUAAAUAUGCACUUUUAUCCCUAUCUUAAAUCUUGGACCAAAAAAAUUGCAUUGUUUGGUUACUUUUUGACUUUGCUUUACUGUAUUAGGGCUGAAUAACCUUGACAUUCUGGUGGAUUUUUUAAAAAUAAUUAUUUCAAAUUUAAACAGUAUUCAAAGUGUAACUUUAGUGUUAUGCUUUGUCUUUUAAACCCUCUGGUCUUACAUUAUUAAGAAAGAUGCUUUGUCCUCCUCUCUAAAAUAUGUUAUUUCCUCAUAUAUUAAAAAGGAGUUAUUUUCAAGAACUGUAAAAAUUAUUUCAAAGAGACACUUGAAAAAGUUUUCUCCAUUCUGGGAAUGAUUGCUUCCAUUUAUUUGAAAAGAAGAAUGUAAUUGGAAUAUUAAUUUAAAAAAUAUAUAUGUAAAAGUGUACUUGCUAUGAAAUACUCAGUUUCUAAAGAAGAAAAAAAAGGGACACAGCUUCUUUUAAACCCUAGUUUCAGGCCAUAUCUGACUUCACAGAACUUCUGAAAUAUCAUUCAAUUUUUAUUUUUAUUUAAGAGCAUUUUGUACUGCUGUCACUGACUGUCAUGGAAAAUUCUGUAAUUCUACAAUGUUUCUGGUUUUAUUUUUAAUUUCUUCAUCUGUACCACAGUCAAAUUAGCUACCACUUUCCCCAUUCCUUGGGCUUUCUGUAGAUCAGUGGAUGUUAGGUUUAAACUUCUGUUUUCUUUG